ACUGUCUGCCCUUACUCCCUUGAAGUGUACCACGCCAUACCAUCCUCUUCCCUUCCCGACUUGCAGAGAAAGAAACGAACAACAGAAGCAGCAGCGACGACAGUAGGACUGUGAGCAGAAGAGCAAACCCUCCAACCAAAACCUCGUCGCUUGCAGAGUCCUCCGCAACGAUGACGCAGGACGUGGAGAUGAAAGAUCACCCCACCCCCUCUCACUCCGUCUCCUCUGCGGUGCCCACCACGCUGCAGCAUUUGAAGGAGAUUGCCUUGCUGAUUGAGACCGGAUCCUACAGCAAGGAGGUCCGGCGUAUUGCCCGCGCCGUCCGCCUCACGAUUGCCUUGCGCAAGAAGCUGACUGCCCCUGUGAUUUCCUCAUUUCUCGAUCAUUCGCUCGGGCAGGGGUCCGAGGCCUACGGUCGGCUCUCGGUUUAUCUCCCCAAGGAUGAUGAGCAUGACAUGGAAGUUGAUACUGCAACCUCUGGUAGUCAGGCUCCAGCAAAGCAUGUGUUGCCAGAGCUUGAAAUUUACUGCUACCUGCUUGUGCUUCUGUAUUUGAUUGAUCAGAAGCGUUACGAUGAGGCGAAGGCUUGUUCCUCAGCUAGCAUUGUUCGUCUCAAGAACCUCAACAGAAGAACCAUUGAUGUUCUAGCAUCAAGGUUAUAUUUCUAUUACUCAUACAGCUACGAGCUGACGGGUAAUCUUGCAGAAAUUCGAGGGAACCUUCUUGCUUUGCAUCGCAUUGCCACAUUGCGCCAUGAUGAGCUCAGCCAGGAAACACUUCUGAACUUGUUGCUUCGUAACUAUCUCCACUAUAAUCUAUAUGAUCAGGCAGAGAAGCUGCGAUCUAAGGCACCCCGCUUUGAAGCACAUUCAAACCAGCAGUUUUCCCGGUAUCUAUUUUACCUCGGCAAAAUCCGGACGAUUCAGUUGGAGUACACCGAUGCAAAAGAAUCUCUCCUGCAGGCUGCCCGAAAAGCCCCAAUUGCAGCUCGGGGAUUCCGAAUCCAGUGCAACAAGUGGGCCAUAAUUGUCCGUCUUUUGCUUGGAGAAAUCCCUGAGAGGACUAUCUUCAUGCAGAAAGGCAUGGAGAAGGCUUUGAGACCAUAUUUUGAACUCACCAAUGCUGUUAGGAUCGGUGAUCUGGAGCUGUUUAAAUCAGUUGCUGAGAAGUUUGCCAGCACUUUCAACACAGACCGGACCCACAACCUCAUAGUUCGCCUCCGUCACAAUGUUAUCAGGACAGGCUUGAGGAACAUCAGCAUCUCCUACUCUCGGAUCUCACUCGCUGAUGUGGCUAAGAAGCUGAGGCUUGACUCCUCCAACCCAGUGGCCGAUGCUGAGAGCAUCGUGGCGAAGGCAAUCCGGGAUGGGGCAAUAGAUGCCACCCUAGACCAUGCCAAGGGGUGUAUGCUCUCGAAGGAGACUGGGGACAUCUAUUCAACGAACGAGCCUCAGGCUGCGUUCAACUCAAGGAUUGCCUUCUGCCUCAACAUGCACAAUGAGGCUGUUCGAGCCCUGAGAUUCCCGCCCAACACCCACAAGGAGAAGGAGAGCGCCGAGAAGAGGCGGGAGAGGCAGCAGCAGGAGCAGGAGCUAGCAAAACAUAUCGCUGAGGAGGACGAUGACGAUUUCUAAUUUCCCAGUGCUUUUGAAGUUUGUGAACUCGCUUCUUUACAUUUAUGCGUCUUAAAUGCAUAUUACAUUUCUCUUCGGAUUAUGGGAAUUACCCCCCCAUUUUAUGUUUUUGAUUUAUUUACAUUAGGUGUGAAGGAUAUCUGAAACAUUGGAUUUCUUUUUAUAGCCGAGAUUUAACCUCCGAAACAUCGAAUUUUCAGAUAAAGUAAGUCUUCUGCAUAUGCAGAUCUUCUCUGGA